AUGGCUACCUUUGCUACUGACAAGGAAAUAAAUGCAAGCUUUCAAAGAGAUGUGCACCUUGGUGUAAGCAGUUUUUCUGCUGUUGCUGGUCUGGAAGACCGAGAUGUUGUACCCGCUACUGCAACGACUGAAAUUUUUGGUCGUUUUCAAGCAUUAAAG